UUGGCUACGAGAGCUGCGGUACGGGGCAAGGAGGCGGGAGUCUGGGGCUGGCUCUGACAGGCCCGCUGCUUGAAUUCCCAGAGUUCCUAUUGGGUCAACGCGGGAAGCUCCAAAAUGGCGGCAGUGGGGCCUUGCGGUACCGGCACCGGGAGUACUGGGUCUGUGGCGGCGGCAGCCAGCAAGAACAACGUCACCAGUUUCCAGAGGAGGGGUCCUAGAGCCAGCAGUAGCGACAGCGGCGGCUCUCGACUGGUGUCCAUCGCGGGCACACGACCGUCGGUGCGGAACGGACAGCUGCUGGUAUCAACCGGGCUCCCAGCCCUGGACCAGCUCUUAGGUGGAGGUUUGGCUGUUGGAACAGUUCUUCUAAUCGAAGAGGAUAAAUAUAAUAUUUAUUCUCCUUUGCUCUUCAAGUAUUUCCUGGCAGAAGGAAUCAUCAAUGGACAUAAUUUGUUGGUUGCGUCUGCAAAAGAAGACCCUGAGAAAAUUUUACAGGAACUUCCUGCACCAUUACUUGAUGAUAAUUGUAAAAAAGAAUUUGAUGAAGAAAUAUAUAAUGAUAAAACACCAGAAUCUAACAUUAAGAUGAAAAUAGCAUGGCGUUACCAGUUAUUACCCAAGAUGGAGGCUGGACCAGUAUCAUCUUCAAGAUUUGGUCACUAUUACGAUGUAUCAAAAAAGAUGCCACAAGAACUAAUUGAGGCUUCAAAUUGGCAUGGAUUUUUUCUUCCAGAAAAAAUAUCUUCAACUCUUAACAUAGAACCCUGUUCUUUGACCCAUGGCUACAUAAAGCUGCUUCAGUUUAUCCAGAAAAUCAUUUAUGAGGAAGGAUUUGAUGGAUCCAAUCCCCAGAAAAAACAGAAAAACAUUUUAAGAAUAGGAAUCCAGAAUCUUGGUUCACCUUUGUGGGGAGAUGACAUUUGCUGUACCGAAAACUGUGACAACAGUCACAACCUCACGAAGUUCCUCUACAUUCUCCGCGGUCUUCUACGAACCUCUCUUUCAGCCUGUAUCAUCACAAUGCCAACACAUCUGAUCCAGAAUAAAGCAAUUAUUGCUCGUAUUACAAACUUGUCAGAUACAGUAGUUCAUCUGGAGUCAUUUAUUGGUUCUGAGAGAGAAACCAACCCAUUAUAUAAGGAUUAUCAUGGUUUGAUUCAUAUACGGCAGAUUCCUCGGCUUAAUAAUUUGAUUUGUGAUGUAUCAGACGUCAAAGACUUAGCUUUUAAACUAAAAAGGAAGCUAUUCACCAUUGAGCGACUGCAUUUGCCUCCAGACUUGUCAGACACAGUGAGCCGCUCAAGCAAACAGGACGUGGCAGAAUCCGCCACGCUGCUGGGCCCAGGCUGUGGCAUGAUGGCCGGAGGCAAGAAGCACCUGGACUUCUAGCAAUUCCAUUCUUAGGCGCUGCGUGCAGAAUUCUAUGGCACUCUAAUUAUGAUCGCUAAUAGCUUAUGUAAAUAUUUUUCUUAACAAUUUGACCCUCCAAGUCUUGAAAAACACAGGAUUGCAAAAUGAGGCCACCAUUCUUCUCUUUUUUUAACCAAUUUUUUAUACAGAAAUAGUACAGCAGAAAUACUUUCAUUUUAAAAUUUUGUUUUAUGCUAUAUCUAAAGAAGAUAGGUCAUUUUAAUUUUUAAAUAAAAGCAACUAAAAUGUCAAAA